AUGGUGUCGCUGGACGUGGUGAAGGCUUCGAACGCGACGAUCAAGACGGAGCUCAGCCCAGGCCUUGUCGCUGUCUUCGUGGGCGGAACGAGCGGCAUCGGCGAGAUCUCGCUGAAACAGCUUGCCAGGCUGACGGUGCGGCCCAGAAUCUACAUCGUGGGGCGGUCGGCGGCGGCGGCGGAGCGCAUCCUUGCAGAGUGUAGGGCGCUCAACGGGGAAGGCGAGUACGUGUUUGUGCAGAAAACGUUGGUGCGGAUGAGGGACGCCGAGGCGGUGUGCGAGGACAUCAAGCAAAGGGAGAGGCACGUCAACGUGCUGUUCCUGUCCGUCGGCGAGGUCGACAUGAGCGUUGAGAAGAACGCAGAUGGACUGCGGCCCAUCUUCGCGCUGACGACGUUUGCGCGCUACCUGAUUGCGCUACGGCUGCUGCCCUUGCUCCAGAGAGCACCGGGCCUGCGCCGCAUUGUCGACGUCGCCGCUGGCGCGCACGAAGACCGUCUGCUGACCGACGACUGGCAGGCGGAGCGGCUCACUGUGCGCGACCGCAACAAGCUGCGGGGCCACCUGGCCACGAUGAAGACGCUUACGUGGCAGCGACUGGUCGAGCAGGCGCCGGACGUGUCGAUUGUACAAGAGUUUCCCGGGCUGGUGGUGACACCGUUGUUCCAGCGGCUGGGCGGCUGGUUGGGCGUCGCAUUCCGGCUCUUUGUCUUCCUCUUUGGCUGGCUGCUUGCGGUGCCGCUGGACGAGAGCGCAGAGAGACACGCGUUCAUGGCCACGAGCGCUGCGUUUGCUCCACGCGAGGGCGACGCGAAGGGGGCUCCCCUCGUCGCGGGCCUGGGCGUGCGCACCGGCGCAGACGGCCACUUGGGCUCGGGCAUGUACUCUGUGGGCUGGAACAACGAAGGCCCCGGAGAAGAGGCGAUGGCGCUGCUCAGGCGGUACCACGAGGACGGAACGGCCGCAGCGCUGUGGACCUGGAUGAAGGGCGAGUUUACACGUAUCUUAGGUGCUGACUGGGAAGGGAUGUCUGGCUGCUGACAGGGCUGCAGUCGGACACGCUGCGACUCAUUGGAUGUAUGCCCAUGGCGGAGUAGAUGCUAUUGUAAAUGCUUUCAAGGGAACACGGGCUCUUUUGUUUUGCCGAGUGGUAGCCAGGGGGUGAAU